AUGGCUGAGUGGAGCACUGUAGACAGCCCGAAGAAAGCGCCAAUGACCAGCUCGAAUGAUGGCAACUGUGUGAGUGAUGAUUACAUCCCGUUCAGCGAUAUAGGUUCCGGUACGAACCAGGAACGUAACCUGUUGGAUGACACGAUGGAUAAGGGUACGCCCUGCUUGACGUUGGAAUGUUUGAAGACGUCUUCCUCCAUAUUGUCCAGCUUGGAUCGUUCAUUAUCGCCCUGUGACAAUUUUUACGAAUUCGCUUGUAAUGGGUGGAUAAAAAGCAAUCAGAUACCAGCAGGGCAAAACCAGUGGUCUCUGCUGAAGCUACUUGGAAGAAGUACGGACUACUUCAUAAAAGAUUUACUGGAGAACCAAAGCAUCCCAAACCCCAGUCCCGGACUGGUCAUGGCACAGGCUUUUUACAACGCUUGCAUGAACGAGUCGCUGAUACAGGAACGAAAAUUCGCCCCCCUAUUUAGCUGGAUCACACGGUUGUUUGGCGGUUGGUCACUGCUGCCCAGCAAUAGUCCAGGUGCACGAACUGACAACGGGGAUUUCCUGACAAAGGACCAUUUUAAUCUCACCGAAAUGUAUCUGUCCCACUUCAAAAUCUACGGCUACAAUCCACUGUUCCAGAUUGAAAUCGGUCAGGAUCUGAAAAACUCAUCGCAUUUUGUCAUUGAGAUUGCCCAAGGUCAUCUUUGUCUUCAACGGGAAAAUUACCUAAACGAGACCUCACCGACUUACGAAAAGCCAGUGACGGCCUACAAAUCGUUUAUGCGCAAUUACUCCAAACUGCUGGGAGUUCCGUCGGAUAAACUGGAUGAGUUGAAUGCCAUCUAUGAUUUUGAGAAGAAGCUUGCACAGAACAUGGAAGAUCGGAGUGAACGAGAUCCUGAGAAGUAUUUCCUUCUCACAACGCUGAAGAAUUUGACUGAUAUAUGCCCGGUGUUCGAAUGGAAGCUAUUACUCAGUCGGCUUUUCGAACCCUUGAACUACACCAUUUCGGACAAUCAAGCAAUUGCUUUGACGGAAACCAAAUACUUCAAAGCUCGGUGUCAGGUUUACAUGGAUUAUAUGAAGAACGAUACGGGUAUAAGAAUUUUGCACAAUUUGGCCGUCUGGCAAUUCAUAUGGACCACCAGACAUCUUAUGCCCACUGAGGUCGACCGUUUACAGAAAGAGUAUAUGGAAGCAGAGACAGGUCUAAACAACUAUCCAGAACGUUGGUUGACGUGUGUGGCGGAAACGCAAGAGGCUUUUGGCUGGAUACUUGGCUAUCUGUUUGCAAAUGAGAAAUUUGACCAAAAGAGUAACGAUGCGGCAGCCGAAAUGAUACACGAAAUACGCGAGGCUUUUAAAGAAAACUUUGCUAGUGUUCAUUGGAUGCAAGAAGAAGACAAGAUCAAAGCUAUUGAGAAGGUUGAUGCAAUGAAAGCUUCGGUUGGCUAUCCAAUGUAUCUCAACCAGACUGCUGAGGAAAUACGGCUCCUAUCGUAUAUGACGAAUAUAACGGAGUCAACCUAUUUUGAAAACGCACUACGAGCACGCGCAGCUCUCAUUCUAGAUCACCUCAAUGAUCUGAUUACAGAAGAUAUAGAUCGAUGGGACCUCCAACCACAUGUUGUGAACGCGUUUUACAAAGACAAUGCGAACCACAUUUAUUUUCCGGCGGGAAUUCUACAGCCACCAGUCUACGAUCACGCACACCCAUUGUCUCUGAACUUUGGUGGGAUCGGUAUGGUCGUUGGCCACGAGAUCACGCACGCGUUUGACCAUCAGGGUGCAAAAAGAGAUGCGAAAGGAAACUACCGCCAAUGGUGGAGCAACAAGACCCGUGAGGCUUUCAAAAGAAAUUCGCAGUGCAUGAUUGAUCAGUACAGCAAUUACUCAAUCCUCAACACAAGCCUGAACGGGAAAAUGACGCUAGGUGAGAAUAUUGCAGACAACGGAGGCAUCAAAGCUGCGUAUCGGGCGUUCAAAAAGCUGGAGUCCAAAUACUCGGAUGGAACUGUGCUACCUGCUCUGGAUUUCACAUCGGACCAAUUAUUUUUCCUCGCAUUUGCCCAGAUCUGGUGCAUCAAACAGUUACCUCGCGCAACUCUCACCACGGUUUUAUAUGAUGUCCACACGGUCGAUCGAUACAGAGUAAUUGGUACCCUGAUGAAUUCUGAAGACUUUGCUCGGGUCUAUAACUGUCCAUCUGGUUCCUAUAUGAAUCCCAAAACGAAAUGUUCCGUUUGGUAGACAGAUGAUAUCAUCCUCUGAACCCCAUCCUUCAUCACCUCUGGCCGCAGACAUCUGGGACUCAGCUUCUCAGACCCCCUUUUCCAACGAAAUCGAUUCUCUUAUUCUUCCAACCCCGCAUGUCUGUGUUAUACCAUUUACUUGUCCUGUUUUGCAAAGGUUAAACUAACGAUUCACCAAUUCUGAUCAUAUUGUGAGAAUUGUCCGUUCUCUGCAUCUUAAAUUCUAUCUCUAAUCGCAGUUCCCACUUGUUUCAAGAGUGAGCACAUAGUGAUGCAUCUAUUCUUUGUCGUCAGCAUUCAAACUGGCAUGAGAUCACUUCGUCUGAGGAAAAAAACGAUUGCAAGAUUCAUGUUACCUGCUAAAUUUGUGGUGUUAAUAUGUUGUUGUUCAAAAGCUUUGCCGUAUACACCCCCCAAAAUAACAGCGUUGGUUGAUUUCGAAUUCGAACGAUAACGACAAUUCGGACUGUUUUUGUAUGUAUAAAAAGCAAGCGUAUUUGUCUUUUGUGUUACGUGUUGUGUAAAGCGAUUCUUUUGGUUGAUG